AAGAUCUGUGAAGUUAUUUGUAUUUUUACUAAUUAUCUUUGAAAGACAGACCUGAAAAAGGGACGUUUCUUUUUUUGCUGAGUUUAUGUGUCGAUCGUUACUGCUUGAAAUCAGACAAAGGUCUGGAACCAACAAGACCCUGAACAGCUUCUACCCCCAAGCCAUGACUGAUAAAUAGCUCGUUCAAUAGAUGGCCAACACACUGAGACCCUGGUUGAUCCUUGUCGUCCUCGUCCUGGGCGUGCUGGUUUGUCUGGGCACUUUCACUGAUGCCUACUUUACCAAGCCGGUGAGCCCCGACGACAACGCGCCUCCGGAGGAAUGGGCCAGAUACAACACAGCGCUGCGACACUACAUCAACCUCAUCAAUAGACAGAGGUAUGGAAAGAGAUCUGCACCUGAGUCAGCUCUGGGGUGGUUGCUGUUCAGAGAUGAGUCGGAAGGCGAUUUAACACAACGUUCGGGUGGCAGUGAUCUCGGAUAAAUCUGGGUCCCGUCCCACUGGCAUGCUGUUCCACUCAAAUGGUGGGCCUUACAACAACUCAAAUAGGCUGCUCAACUGGCAACCUUCACUGGACUGUGUGGCCCACUAUUUAUGUUCAACAUCUCUGUCUCUCUUUAUCACUCUCUCAUUCCAACACAUAAUUGUCUAUUUUUGGUUGUUGACAUAAUUUGUAAUUAAAUUCAACAAUGAAUAAUAAAUAAAUGUGUUAUAAUA